AUGACCAUUAAGAUACUGGCUCGAGGAUUUGUAUUUCAUCGUUUUUCAUAUUUGAGAAAUGCAUGGAACUGGUUGGAUUUUACAGUUAUCGUACUUGCUUACCUGACACUGGCAUUUCCUUUCAUUCCUGGACUGUCAGCUCUAAGAGCUUUUCGUGCCCUAAAGAUGAUAUCACUUCUACCAGCCAACUGGUUAGUACAAGAUGACAUAGACAUUAAUGUAUGUGGAAAUGCAAGCAGCACAGGGAGGUGUCCUGCCAAUUACACCUGCCUUUCAGAUGUGGGUCUCAACCCAAACAGUGGGUUUACAUCAUAUGAUCAUUUUGGAUGGGGUUUUGUUACAUCUUUUCAGCUUCUCACACUUGAUCGCUGGGAAAAUUGUUAUCAUCUGAUUCUUCGAAGCAGUGGACUUUAUUAUGUUUUCUUUUUUACUGUGAUAGUCAUGUUUGCUUCUUAUUAUAUUGUAAAUCUGGUGUUGGCUGUGGUGGCAUCUUCUUAUGAAAAGGAAUUCAAGAGGAAAGAAAAAAUUAAAAAAGAGCAAGAGGAAAUUUUAGAACUGAGAAGACGAAAAGAAAAAAUGAAAAAGAAAAACAACACCCUUAAUCCAAAAGAACGAUUCCGUCAAUAUGGACGUCAGAUGACUAGAGGAUUUUCAAUGGAAUCUGUUCUUACAUGGGCAACUGAGCUUUCUCAUUAUAGUGCAGGUAAACAACUGAGAAAUAUAGUGCUGACAGCAAUUUUUGCCAUUGAAGCUUUCUUGAAGAUUCUGGCAUUUAACCUGUUGCCCUACCUAAGCAAUGGAUGGAAUGCCUUUGACUUCAUUAUUGUUAUGCUUAGCUUCGUGGACUGGGGGCUUACUGCUGCAAAUUUCAAAUCAUUUGAUAUCAGUGUCAUACGAUCCUUCAGGAUGCUUAGAGUCUUCAAACUUGCAAAAAGUUGGAAGACUCUUAAUGUUCUUAUCACAGUUAUAUUUGCAUCUCUGAAGGAAAUGGGAAACCUAACAGUGAUAGUUGUCAUUGUGAUUUAUAUUUUUGCUGUGAUAGGAAUGCAGUUGGUUGGUAAAGAUUACUUAAAUAAGGCUGCCUUUCCUGAUAAUCAAGUCCCUCGUUGGAAUUUUACGAGUUUCUACAAAUCAUUCCUGAUGGUUUUUCGAGUUAUUUGUGGCGAGUGGGUAGAGCCCCUUUAUGACUGUAUGCGUUGUUCAAGGAUAUACUUUUGUAUUCCUCUUUUCUUUGCCACUUACAUCAUAGGAAACUUUCUUGUACUAAAUCUGUUUUUGGCUCUGCUACUUAACUUUUUUUCCGGAGAUACACUAACGGCAAAAGAAAGCAACAAUUCUCCUCCCCUGUCAACACACAUUAAAAAGCUUCUAACUGUGAUUAAGCUGAAAAGGUUCAGCAAACAUCACUCUGCAAAAAUUCAACCCAAUGAGGCAGUAGAAGGAAGUAAUGUCAAGCUGUCACAACUCUUACAACUGCAAUCUGGUACAAGUCCAAAUGCAAAAUCUCAGGGAGAGCAAAAUACCAGUACAGGAAUUACUUGUGUUGACCAAAACCCUAAGGCUCAAGUUGCAAGUGUACCAUCUCAAAAUGAAAUCCCCACAGUUAGCGCUCACUGCAGAAGAUAUGAAAAUGGAUCGGCUGUUAUUGUGCCUGAAACAUUGGAGGAAGCUCACAUAGAACCUGAAAUAGAAAUUGUCCAUUCUGCUAUUGGAAAAGGCCCAAUAAACACUGGCAAAAAAAUACCAGAAAAUGCAAAAGUGGAGCAUAACGCCUUAGAUGACAAAUACACACACAACAAUGCAAAGAUUCAAGAAAUAUUGCAAUACCUUGACUACUUUUACACCGCCUUCUUCAAUCUGGAAAUGCUUCUGAAACUAAUUGGGCUUGGAGCAGUUCAGUAUUUCACUAAUGUAUGGACACUCUUGGAUUUUCUUCUGGUUAAUGGGUGGUUAAGUUUGCUAAGCAGUAACAUAAAGGCCUUCAGUUCACUGAGAUCACUGAGAACUCUGCGAGCCUUGAGACCUCUGAGAGCUAUUUCCCGUUGGGAAGGAAUGAGACUUGUUGUGAAUGCCCUGAUAAGAUCAAUACCAUCCAUAUCCAAUGUAAUGCUUGUGUGCCUGGUCUUCUGGCUUAUCUUUGGAAUUGUCGGAGUUCAGAUCUAUGGUGGGAAAUUCUACCAAUGUGUGGACAGGAAUGGACAACGCUUAUCAGUUGACAUUGUUAACAACGUUACAGAAUGCCAAGCGAAUUCAGACAAAGGCUUCAAAUGGGUGAAUACAGAGAUUAAUUUUGACAACAUCAUGUCUGCUUACUUAGCUCUCUUGCAAGUGUCAACAUUUGAAGGAUGGAUGGAAAUUAUGGCUAGUGCAGCAGAUGCAAGAGGAAUUGACCUCCAGCCACAAACAGAUGCAAAUGUCUACAGUCUUUUAUAUUUUGUUGCCUUUAUUAUUGUUGGAACAUUUUUCACGUUAAAUUUAUUCAUUGGAGUGAUUAUUGAUAACUUCAACACCGUUCAUAAAAAGUCUAGAAAAGAAGGAGCACUGGUCAUGCUUCUUACUGAAGAUCAAAGAUAUUUAUACGAUGCAUUAAAAAGACUCUCUAAAGUUAAGCCAAUAAAACAAAUCCCUCCACCUACAAACAUAUUUUUCUUAUUCUUCUACAAAGUGGUUAAUCACAGGUACUUUGAACCUGCCACCAUUAUUUUAAUUGUUUCAAAUAUGCUUUUCAUGACCAGUGACCACUACGAGCAAACAGAAGUAUACUCUUAUGUUCAAAAUGUCAUAAACGUGCUGUUCACAGCAUUAUUUUCUGUUGAAGCUGUACUCAAAAUCCUAGGACUGCGACUAUACUAUUUUACCCAAGCCUGGAAUAUCUUUGAUAUUUUGGUCAUCAUUACAUCUAUUAUAGGAAAUUUACUGGAUAGUGUGGCCACCCAGAUUGGCUUCUCUCCAACCAUGCUGCGUGUUCUGAGAUUGGCCCGGCUUGGAAGACUGCUCAGACUUGUCAGGUCCUUGAAGGGAAUUCGGAGACUGAUUUUCACCCUGAUUAUUUCAGUUCCUGCUCUCUUCAACAUCGGGAUUCUACUCUUUCUGGUAAUGUUUAUUUACUCGAUACUGGGCAUGAAUCUAUUUCGAGAUCUGCCGAGAAAUGGAUCCAUAAAUGAAAUUGUGAACUUUGAAACUUUUGCAAACAGCAUGCUGCUUCUAUUCCGUCUGACUACUGCCGCAGGGUGGAAUGAUGUACUCCAGCAGCUUCUCGUUAGCAAUGUGCAACCAAAUAUUGUGUGCAUUUUAUUCAUGUCAUCGUACAUAUUAAUUUCUUUUAUUGUGAUUGUUAAUAUGUAUGUGGCUGUCAUUCUUGAGAACUUCAAUCAAGCCCAAGAACAGGAGAUGGCUGGUGUCACAGAUGAUGACAUUGACAUGUUCUAUGAGGUGUGGAGUAAAUAUGACCCUUUUGCUUCACAGUUCAUUCUCUAUGAACAGCUGUCUGAUUUCCUUGAUGAUCUUAAGCCUCCCAUGAGAAUACCAAAACCAAACGCAGUCAAACUUGCAGCCCUGAACCUCCCUGUAACCAAUGGAAAUAAGCUGCACUGCCUAGAUAUACUGAGAGCGAUGUGUUGUGUCAUCGUAGGCAACGUGAAGGAGACAGACCCCUUAAAAGAGCUGCAAGGGAAUAUUGUUGAAAGGAUGCAAAAGAAAUUUCCAAUCCGCAACACAAUGCAGACUGUAACUACGACCUUAAUGAUUCGUAAGGAGGUCAAGGCAGCUAUGACAAUUCAGAAAGCCUUCAGAAGAUGGCGGAAAAGGCAACGGCUUAAAUUGGAAAACAUGCGUGCAGAAAAGAAAUCUGUGCACUCAGUGCACUCGAGUUCAACAAGUUCAUCGUCAAGUCGGCCAUCUUCACCUGAUGACAUUUCACUCUAAAACUGAAAGGUGGUCUGAAUCAUAAGAAGAAUGUAUAAAUUAGGAACUGAAUAUUUACAUUUGGUGGAAAUUCAGAACAUUCCUGGAAUCAAAAUGUAUUUUUAUAAAUGAUCAGUUUCAGGCAGAGAUUCGUUUCAUCAGACUUAAUAGGUAAAUUUGCACAAAUUGAUCCUUUCUACAUACCAGCUGUCAAUUUUAACAAUCUCUUGCAAUAAAGUAAUAUUUCUGUUUGUUCUG